GGGUCUUCGAUCACUUCCGGGAACAGACCGGAAGUUGCUUUGUUUUGCUUCAAGAUGGCGGCGGGAAUGUACUUGGAGCAUUAUCUGGACAGUAUUGAAAACCUCCCCUUUGAGCUCCAGAGAAACUUCCAGCUCAUGCGGGACCUAGACCAGAGAACAGAGGAAGUAUUAGAUAUCAUCUGUGGACCUGCACUCUGGCAACUCUUGAGCAAGUUUGGCUGCCCUGAGAAAUUCACUUGGAGCCUGAGGCUACUCCCCGAUGGUCAGGCCUCUGUCUCUAUUGUAGACCUGAAAGCAGAGAUUGACAAGCUGGCCACUGAGUACAUGAGUAGCGCCCGCAGCCUCAACUCAGAGGAAAAGCUGGCAUUACUUAAGCAGAUCCAGGAAGCCUACGGCAAGUGCAAGGAAUUUGGGGAUGACAAGGUGCAGCUCGCCAUGCAGACCUACGAGAUGGUGGAUAAACAUAUUCGAAGACUGGACACGGAUCUAGCCCGCUUUGAGGCUGAUCUGAAAGAGAAACAGAUUGAGUCAAGUGACUAUGACAGCUCUUCCAGCAAAGGAAAAAAAAAAGGCCGGGUUCAGAAGGAGAAGAAAGCUGCCCGUGCUCGUUCCAAGGGUAAGAAUUCAGAUGAGGAGGCUCCCAAGGCUGCCCAGAAGAAGCUGAAAUUUGUGCGCACAAGCCCCGAGUAUGGUAUGCCCUCGGUGACUUUUGGCAGUGUUCACCCUUCAGACGUGCUGGAUAUGCCAGUGGAUCCCAAUGAACCCACCUACUGUCUUUGCCACCAGGUUUCCUACGGGGAGAUGAUUGGCUGUGAUAACCCUGAUUGUUCCAUUGAGUGGUUCCACUUUGCUUGUGUCGGAUUAACAACCAAGCCUCGAGGGAAAUGGUUCUGCCCUCGGUGCUCCCAGGAACGGAAGAAGAAAUAAACAAGGGCCUCAGAUGCAUCAUAACAGUUUCAUCUCUUCUCCUGGGCUGGGGCAUGGGGUGGAGACCCCUGUGUUGGGGUGUUGGGACUCAGGGAGAGAAGAAGACUGGUACAGAGAAGUCACUCCCUUCUCCCCCUGCCUCCCCCACGCACAUACACACUCUUGGUGCUGAGGCUGCAUCUGAACUGCAGGAGGGCGGGUGGUAUGUGCCCUCCUUUAGAACAUCACCUUCUCCUACUUGGGGUUGGUGGAGGAGGGGUCAUCCCCACUUCCUCUUUGCCUCCAUGCUGAGGUUGGUGCUGUAUCUUGGAGGGAUACCUUUUUACUUCCCUCACUGUGUAUAUAGGGGCUGGGGCAGCAGUACAGAGGUGCCUCCCUUCCCCCCCAUGGUGGGGGCUAUGGUAUGUUGAUCUUCCUUCUCCCCCUGGACUUCAUCUUGUUGUAGGGCCCUUUCUGUAGGGUCACUUUCUACCCUGUGGCAGGGGAGUUUUUAGGCCUCUGUGUAUUGGAGGGAGGUAGAGACCUCCUUUGUAAGGGAGGAGUGGGUGGGAGAAUAAAAGUCAUGAAAUCUG